CAGUGGUCUACUCUGCCUCCACAAUGCUGCGUCUGCUGCUGCUUGCCUCCCUGGUCCUGUGUGGACACAGCGCCCAGGACUUUCCAGAAACUAAUGCGCGGGUGGUCGGAGGGACUGAGGUCCAGAGGAACGCUUGGCCAUCUCAGAUCUCGCUGCAGUACCUGUCCCGGGGGUCAUGGUACCACACGUGCGGGGGGACCCUCGUGCGCCGCAACUGGGUGAUGACGGCCGCCCACUGCGUGGACAGCCAGAUGACGUUCCGAGUGGUGGUGGGGGAUCACAACCUGAGCCAGAACGACGGCACCGAGCAGUACCUGAGCGUGCAGAAGAUCGUGGUGCACCCGAGCUGGAACAGGAACAACGUGGCUGCGGGCUAUGACAUCGCCCUGCUGCGCUUGGCCCGGAGUGCCACUCUCAAUAAGUACGUCCAGCUGGGUGUGCUGCCCCAGGAAGGGACCACCCUGCCCAACAACACGCCCUGCUACAUCACAGGCUGGGGGAAAACCAGAACCAACGGGCAGCUGUCCCAGACCCUGCAGCAGGCGUACCUGCCCAGCGUGGACUACAGCAUCUGCUCCAGCUCCUCCUACUGGGGCUCCACGGUGAAGAGGAGCAUGGUGUGUGCCGGCGGGGACGGGGUCCGCUCAGGGUGCCAGGGUGAUUCUGGAGGGCCCCUGCACUGCUUGGUGAAUGGCCAGUAUUCUGUCCACGGAGUGACCAGCUUCGUGUCCAGUAUGGGCUGUAACGUCUCCAGGAAGCCCACGGUCUUCACCCGAGUCUCUGCAUACAUCUCCUGGAUGAAUAAUGUCAUCGCCUACAACUGAGCGCUUUCCUGAGUCCACUGGCCUUUCCAAGAUGGACUAGGGCUGGGGUCAGCGCUCAGUGGCCAGGCACCUGUCUCACAGGUGUGAGGCCCUGGGUCGGGGGAGGGCAGAGAAGAGCUGCUGGUGUGCCCAGUGGUAGCAGCAAAGGUAGGAAGUUAAUGAAAAACAAUUCUGAGACCAUUGAGACAGAUACAGAAAGGCAAAUAAAAUGGAAUGUAUUAUCA